CCUUUGGAAUUUCUCUCUGAUCCCUCUCUCUCACACUCAAAAACAAUUAUAAGAAUCAUGCCUGCCAAGGCAAAAGAAGAGGCCGGGGGUGGGUUGCAGUAAAGAAUGGAGAACAUGAGGAAAAGAAGACAUUGGCAGCAGCCCCCCAUCUUGGAGUUACAAAUUGCAGGAAAAGGCCGCUCUUCAUGAUUCUUCUGAUGAUCAUCAGCCCAGAUCAUGAACCUUCUCUGCUCUUCUUCUCAACAUCUCUCACAUACAUACUCAUCACACCCCACUUGGUUUAGUUCAUGCAAGAUCCCAAGAACUCAACCACAAGGAAGCCGGCCUGGUAUCAAAGAGCAGUGAAGAUGGCCGCUGUUUGGAGAAGUACCAUUUCCAAGUCCAGAGAAAUCCCAACGAAAAAUGCUACAAUUUUAUGGAGAAGUACCAAUUCCAGAGCCAGUACUACAGAAAUCGAUCAUCCAACUCAUGCAAGCUCCAACAUAAAUACUAGAUCAAACAACAAGCUAAGCAAAUGCAGCUCUCUAAAGAUUGCCACCACUACGUUUACUCGAGUUUUUCUUUGUGCACCAAUCUCUUCCUACAAGGAGCUUAAUUUCCGAGCUGAACAGAUUCCACCCAGAAGAAGUAACAGUUACCCAAGAUACUCAAAGUCGAGUACGUCGACGUUUCCCACGUCACAGGAUGGAGUAAAUUAUAAUAAUAUUCCAGCUACCCCAAGACUUAGUGUGGAAGGGAGACGAGUUUUCCGGGGAAAGUCUCUGACGGAUGAUGUUUUAAUGAGAAGAUUUGUGGUUGAAGAAGAAGCAAUGAUGCAAAUUAGGAGGAGGAAUCAAAUGGAAGCUAUAAGGAGGAGAAGUAUUAUGAGAAGGAAGAAGCUUGGGCCCAGUCCUCUUAGUAGAAUGGUUAUGGCAGGCCGGGAGGAACAUGCAUGAUCAUCAUGAUCAGUAGUUGAAAUUAUAAGUAUAUAGUUUCUAGUAAAUUUUUUUUUUGGGGGGAGGGGGAAUAUUUUUCAUUAUUUGAUCGGCAAUUUUUGUAAUAAAUUAUUUUAUGGAAAAAAAUCCGGAAUUAAUUUGUUCGGUUGGAUGAUUUUAUAUAUUUGAUUUCGGCAAAGUUUA